AUAUAAAUAUAAAGCCAAAAACAUCAAAGAGACGAUCGUCAAGGCUUGUCUUGACCAUGGCUUAUGUUCCACCCCAUAAACGAUCUUCAAAGAACAACGAUGGUGAAGGUUCUUCACAGAGUCCGGUACCAAAGCCAGAGUUGCCUCCAUUUCUGAUCAACUACAAAAAACCCAAAAGCAAGUCUAAGUCUGCUUAUGCAUGUGAAGAUAUACACAGAUGGUUUGCUGCUGGUUUGGAUGAUCAUAUUCGCUUUCCACCUUCGGUUGAUCUUCAACCUGUUUCUGUGGAAUCCAUCCAUGGAACUAUCGUACAGCGUGUGGCCUUAUUCAACAACAUUGAUUCAGCUGAAGAAAAAAGUAGCAACGCAGUAAUCGAGAGCUUUACAAGACGGCCAUGGGAGUGCAUAGCAGAAAAUGUUGUACCAGACUUGAUUUCUUGUUUUGAAGAUUUUAGGAGCAAACUGGAGGACUCUGAUCAUAACCAUGUUAAAGUUACUCCAACCAUAAUCACUAGAGUUGGGAAAGUUCUUUUUCGGAGGUGGCGGGGUUCAGAAUUGCUUUCUGAAGAAUUACUGAGGCCGCGUAGAGCUUCAUAUUACACAGAUGUUCUUGAUUCAUAUAUAGAAUACUUAGUAAAAGAAGGUGUCUUAAAGAGUGGACUUGAAUUUGAACAAGAACAAGAAGUGUUUCGUGUAUAUUUUGAUGAUGUAACACAACCAGAUAUAAGUAUGUGGUGCAAAUGUAGGGUACUAGAAGAUGGAAAAUUGAAUCCAUUCAAGAUUGAACACGUCUAUGGUCGUCACAUGCUCAGAGACAUAUCUUGCCUGGAAAAGAAUCUGGACAUGAGGCUGGAUCUAUGCACCAAAACAACUGUAACCAAUUUUCCUGAAGAUGACUUUGAAAGCCUCAAAAGUUUGAUUAAUUCUGCUGUUGUAGAUCCGGCAGUUAGGGGAAAGUUUCGAGUGAGGAGUGUAUGGCGAAUCAGACGUAAAAGAUACGAAAAUCAAACGCUAACGCUUAAGAUCAAAGAUGUUGAUCGAUCUUCAGGUGGGGAAGCUACAAGGGAAGUUGUUAUAAUGUUGAAAGGAGUAGUUUCAGAAUUAAUGAAACAAAAUGCUGAUAGGAAUCUCAUUAGUGAAAUGCUUAAGAAUGACUUGAAGGUUAUAUGGAACAACAUUCUUUGCUGUGAACGAUUUCCAAAGGAUAUCACUGAUGAAGGUCAUAUGGGACAAUUUCCUCUACUGUGAAGGCUUUACAACAUUAUCUUGAACUGAUGAUGUUGCUAAAGAUCACGUUGAAGAUGAAAUCCCUAAUUUCUCAAAGAUAAUUGAAGAUAUUAUCACUCAACCUCAGCCCAGUAAUGAAGUUCUUGGGGCGUUAUCUGUUAAAGGUGUUGUUGAUAUUUCUCAGAAGUCAACUUCUGAGAAAGUAUAGACAGACACUUAUGUUUAUUAUAUUUUGACUUAGUUUAUUUUGUGGACUUGGUUUGUUAUGACUAUUUUAAGCAUAUUGUCCAUAUUUCGUCCAGAGCAUAAACAUUUAUGUCGUGUUUUUGUGAAUGGAGUCAUGCUCUAGCGUACUUAACUUGUUUAAUUUUCUUGGUAACUGCUACUGGAUUUGAUACUGAUAAUGGCUUAUUUUAUUUUUUUUAUUA